GAGCAUAUGGUGGCGGAGGAUCUCAUAUGUCCCAUCACGAUGCCGCGGACAUCGGAGAGGCAAAGGAGAGGGCCCUCCAGAUGGCCAAAGAGAGGGACCUGGUGUACGUGAACGGAUACGACGACCCCCGGAUCCUGGCCGGGCAGGGUACGGCGGCCCUGGAGGUGGUGAGCCAGAUGGAGCAACUGGGAAAGGAGUGCGAUGCCGUGGUCAUCCCUGUCGGGAGGAGGCCUCCUGGCUGGGAUGGCAGUCGCUCUCAAACACUAUAUACCCCACGUGGAGGUCAUUGGAGUGGAGAGUGAGCAGUGUGCAAGUUUCUCAGCGGCCAUGAAAGCUGGAAGACCAGUCUACACCAAGGCCCUACCAACCCUUGCAGAUGGACUUGCUGUUCCUGAGGUGGGGACCAAUGCAUUUUACUGUGCCCAGCCGUGUGUGGAUCGAGUGGUGGUUGUGUCGGAGAAAGACAUAGCUCUGGCCAUUCUGAGACUGGUGGAGGUCGAGAAGAGUGUGGUGGAGGGAGCUGGGGCCACCGGUCUCGCUGCUUGCCUCUCCGGACAACUGGACCACCUCCAGGGGAAGAAUGUGGUGGUGAUGCUGUGUGGCGGGAACAUAGACACGACCACCCUGGGCAGGUGUCUGGAGAGAGGUCUGGCAGCCGACGGGAGGAUGGCCACAUUCAAGGUCGUCCUGGAGGACCGACCAGGCAGCAUCGCCGGACUCACACGUCUCCUCUCUGAGCUCAAGUGCAGUGUUAAGGAUAUCACUCAUGAAAGAACGUGGCUUCAGGCAAGCAUCCACCAUGUUGAGAUUGAGUGUGUGGUGGAGACUGUGAGUAAGGAGCACAGGAGGUCACUCAAGACUGCACUGCUGGACAAGUAUGAAGGGGGCCUGGUAGAGUGGGGAGCUCAGAAACUGGACCACACGUCCCAAUAGCACACUACAUGACGCUACAACAGCCAUCCGUCUCCAUAGUGAACACACCAGAAACACCUACGUACACGCAUAUCGGACGUCCUGUCUAUUCAAGUAACUCGCGAGUUUUUUUAAAUCUCAGCUCAUCCUUUUCAACCACACACGGAUUCUCUGAUUCACUAAUCCUACAUUUUCAUUACAUCUAUCUCUGGCCAAUCACACACACCACACACCACCACUCCUCUGUAUACUGUAUAUGAUGGGGAAACUAUCGAAGGAAAAAUGCUUCAACAGCAAUGCAAAUUUUGCCGUGAAAACUGUGUUGGUUGCUUGCCCCACGCAAUACAAAUGUGUCCAUCUACAGAGAUUGGCGAAGAACACUCUGAGGGUUGCUCAUAAACUGUGAUACUAUAAUAAUUAUACAGGGUUUUUUCUGGUGAAUUAUUGCAUUGAAUUUUGAGCUACAUUCUCAAUACGUUGAGUCUGUGUUCUGACAGUGGAGGUUGUCUGUAAACUGUGCAUAUAUCCAGUGCCUGUGAUAAUACCUAAUGUCUGGUUUUUGGUAAUGAUUUUACUGCAGUUCACGUCCUCAUAAACCAAGUAUAUACCAGGUAAAAAGGGGUAAGGAGAUUG